GCAAAGAGGGAGGCUUUAGAGACGCUCACACUCUGCAUGGGUGAAGAAAGCUGGUGGGUUAGAGGACUAGAGGAUAUCAGAGCUACCUCUAUCCUCUUCCCACAUUCAUCUACUUGUGGCACUUUAUCCUUUGGCGUAAAACAAAAGUCACCUGGUGAGGUGGGGGCUGGUUUUCUUGGAUGACUGGCGUCUUUGCCAAUGAGACAAGCAUUCUGAGAGGACUUCCCAAAGUGAUUUGAAAUCUAGUUUUCUUCGUGUGGGAGUAGUGAGAGGGCAGCCAUGGCUCACGCUGCGGCUCACAUUAAAAAGGCCAGGUCCGAGAUGGAUCAACCUCCGGACCUGAAGGCUCUGGAGAAGGCCAAAGAGAGAAGGAGGCGUUCCCGGGAACGGGCUGAACGCAAGCGCAAGUCGGACAGUAACACCAGUUUCCUGCGAGCAGCAAGAGCAGGGAACAUUGAAAAGGUUUUGGAGUAUCUGAAAGGGGGAGUGGACAUCAGCACCUGCAAUCAGAAUGGUCUUAAUGCACUGCACCUGGCAGCCAAGGAGGGCCAUGUGGACCUGGUCCAGGAGCUGUUGGACAGAGGUGCUGCAGUAGAUUCAGCCACAAAGAAAGGAAAUACAGCACUUCAUAUAUCCUCUUUAGCUGGUCAGGCUGAAGUAGUGAAGAUCUUGGUCAAACGAGGAGCUGACAUCAAUGCACAGUCUCAGAAUGGAUUCACUCCUCUAUACAUGGCCGCCCAGGAGAAUCACAUGGAUGUGGUUCGAUACCUGCUCGAGAACGGAGGCAACCAGAGCACUGCUACUGAGGAUGGCUUCACUCCUCUGGCCAUCGCCCUCCAGCAGGGCCACAACCAGGUGGUUUCUAUCCUACUGGAGAAUGAUACUAAAGGCAAGGUCCGCCUGCCUGCCUUGCAUAUCGCUGCCCGCAAGGACGACACCAAGUCAGCCGCCCUGCUACUCCAGAAUGACCACAAUGCUGAUGUCCAGUCGAAGAUGAUGGUCAAUAGGACUACUGAGAAUGGCAAGAGUGGAUUCACCCCCCUACAUAUUGCUGCCCACUACGGCAACGUAAAUGUGGCAACACUCUUACUGAACCGAGGGGCAGCAGUCGACUUCACAGCAAGGAAUGGGAUUACGCCUCUACAUGUGGCAUCUAAGCGUGGCAACACUAACAUGGUUGGCCUGUUACUGGACCGUGGCUCUCAGAUUGAUGCUAAAACAAGGGAUGGUCUAACUCCUCUGCACUGUGCAGCCCGGAGUGGACAUGAUACAGCUGUGGAGUUGCUGCUGGAGAGAGGAGCACCCUUGCUGGCCAGGACCAAGAACGGGCUGUCUCCUCUUCACAUGGCGGCACAAGGUGACCAUGUUGAAUGUGUCAAACACCUUCUGCAGCACAAGGCUCCUGUUGAUGAUGUCACGUUGGACUACUUGACAGCGUUGCAUGUGGCAGCUCACUGCGGUCACUACAGAGUCACCAAAUUGCUGCUGGACAAGAGGGCCAACCCCAAUGCCAGGGCACUGAAUGGCUUCACUCCGCUGCACAUAGCCUGUAAGAAGAACCGAGUGAAAGUGAUGGAGUUGCUGGUCAAAUAUGGAGCCUCUAUCCAGGCCAUUACAGAGUCUGGUUUGACUCCCAUCCACGUAGCAGCCUUCAUGGGUCACCUGAACAUUGUCCUGCUGCUGCUGCAGAACGGAGCCUCGCCCGAUGUCAGCAAUAUUCGUGGAGAGACAGCGUUACACAUGGCAGCCAGGGCAGGUCAGGUGGAGGUGGUCAGAUGUCUGUUGAGGAAUGGCGCCAUGGUGGAUGCCAGGGCAAGGGAGGACCAGACUCCCCUCCACAUUGCAUCCCGUCUGGGAAAAACAGAGAUUGUGCAACUGCUACUGCAACACAUGGCCCAUCCUGAUGCUGCCACAACCAACGGCUACACCCCCCUCCACAUCUCAGCCAGGGAGGGUCAGGUGGAGACAGCCUCUGUCCUGCUGGAGGCCGGAGCUUCACACUCACUGGCCACCAAGAAAGGUUUUACUCCCCUGCAUGUGGCCUCCAAGUAUGGAAGCCUAGAUGUAGCCAAACUUCUGCUGCAGCGUCGUGCCCCACCUGAUUUUGUUGGGAAGAAUGGCCUCACCCCACUCCAUGUUGCAGCACAUUAUGAUAACCAGAAGGUGGCACUCCUGCUUUUGGACAAAGGAGCAUCCCCUCACACCAUGGCCAAGAAUGGCUACACUCCUCUCCACAUUGCCGCUAAGAAGAACCAGAUGGAAAUCGCCACAGUGCUGCUGCAGUAUGGAGCUGAGACCAACAUCCUGACUAAACAGGGCGUCACUCCGCUCCAUCUGGCCUCCCAGGAGGGCCAUGCAGACAUGGCUGCCGUGCUUAUCAGCAAGGGAGCCCAAGUCAAUGUGCAAACCAAGAGUGGCCUAACUGCCCUCCAUCUGGCAGCCCAGGAGGAUAAAGUGGCUGUUGCCGAGAUUCUAGCCAGGAACGGAGCCAACCUCGACCAGCAGACCAAAUUGGGAUACACCCCGCUAAUUGUAGCAUGUCACUAUGGCAACGCCAAGAUGGUCAACUUCCUGCUUCAGAAUGGAGCCAGUGUCAACGCCAAGACCAAGAAUGGAUACACUCCCCUUCACCAGGCAGCCCAGCAAGGAAACACACACAUCAUUAAUGUACUGCUGCAAAGCGGUGCCAAGCCCAAUGCCAUCACUGUGAAUGGAAACACUGCCCUGGGGAUUGCUCGGAGGUUGGGCUACAUUUCUGUGGUGGACACACUGAGGGUCGUCACUGAGGAGAUCAUUACCACCACAACGACGGUGACAGAGAAACACAAGCUGAAUGUGCCAGAGACCAUGACUGAAGUGCUGGAUGUCUCCGAUGAAGAGGGUGAUGACACGAUGACAGGUGACGGAGGGGAGUAUUUGAGGGCUGAGGACCUCAGGGAGCUGGGAGAUGACUCCUUGCCAGGACAGUACCUGGAUGGAAUGAACUACCUCCGCUUCAGUCUGGAAGGAGGACGAACUGACAGUCGAAUGCAAAGUUCAGACAGGUCCUUCACACCCACCCACCACAGCUACUACUCCCCUAAACAUGAAGGCAUGAUGGAGGAGAUGCUCGCCAGUCACCAGGUUUCAUCACUUGCCAGAGAGAAUGAGAGGGAUUCAUAUCGUCUGAGCUGGGGCACAGAGAACCUGGACAAUGUGGCUUUAUCCUCCAGUCCCAUUCACUCUGGCCAUUCCUCUCCGUGCCAUGAUCAUGGAGACCACAGCAGCUUCCUGGUCAGCUUCAUGGUGGACGCCAGGGGCGGAGCAAUGCGUGGUUGCCGGCACAACGGCCUACGCAUCAUCAUCCCGCCCAGGAAGUGCAGUGCGCCCACACGGGUGACAUGCCGGCUGGUGAAGAGGCACCGUCUGGCCACCAUGCCGCCGAUGGUUGAGGGUGAGGGCCUGGCAAGUAGGCUCAUUGAGGUGGGGCCGUCUGGAGCCCAGUUCCUUGGUAAACUCCACCUACCCAGUGCCCCUCCACCUCUUAAUGAGGGAGAGAGUUUGGUUAGCAGAAUCCUCCAGCUCGGCCCACCGGGGACAAAAUUCCUUGGUCCUGUGAUUGUGGAGAUCCCCCACUUUGCUGCCCUGCGGGGGAAAGAGAGGGAGCUUGUGAUUCUGAGGAGUGAGACCGGAGAGAGUUGGAAGGAGCAUCACUGUGAACACACCCAGGAGGAACUCAACCAGAUACUCAAUGGCAUGGAUGAGGAUCUUGACACGCCAGAGGAGCUGGAAAGGAAGCGCAUCUGCCGCAUCAUCACUAGAGAUUUCCCACAAUACUUUGCGGUGGUGUCGCGCAUCAAGCAAGACAGUAAUCUUAUUGGUCCAGAAGGAGGCAUCCUGAGCAGCACUGUUGUGCCCCAAGUCCAGGCAGUUUUUCCUGAGGGGGCCCUCACCAAGAGAAUCAGGGUUGGACUGCAGGCCCAGCCAGUGAAUGUGGAUGUAGUGAGGAAGAUACUGGGGAGCAAGGCCACCUUCAGCCCCAUCGUCACCCUAGAGCCACGCAGGAGGAAGUUCCAUAAACCCAUCACCAUGACCAUCUCUGUCCCCAAGAGCAACUCCGACCCAGUCCUAAAUGGCUUCGGAGGGGAUACCCCCACCUUACGACUGCUCUGUAGUAUAACUGGUGGAACAACACCUGCUCAAUGGGAGGAUAUAACAGGAACCACUCCGUUAACAUUCAUCAACGACUGUGUCUCCUUCACCACCAAUGUGUCUGCAAGAUUCUGGCUGAUAGACUGUCGACAGGUCCAGGAAUCUGUCAAUUUCUCCACUCAGGUCUACCGAGAGAUCAUCUGUGUCCCAUAUAUGGCCAAGUUUGUCAUCUUUGCCAAGACCCACGAUCCCAUUGAGGCCAGACUGCGCUGCUUCUGCAUGACAGAUGACAAGAUUGACAAAACCCUGGAGCAGCAAGAGAAUUUCACUGAGGUGGCUCGCAGCCGAGAUGUUGAGGUCCUAGAGGGCAAACCUAUCUAUGCAGACUGCUUUGGAAACCUUGUUCCUCUCACCAAAAGUGGCCAGCACCAUCUCUUCAGCUUCUUUGCCUUUAAGGAGAACAGACUAGCGCUCUUUAUAAAAAUCAGAGAUAACACUCAGGAGCCAUGUGGCCGUCUGUCCUUUAUGAAAGAACCCAGGAACUACAGGUCACUCACCCAGAAUGCCAUAUGCAACCUCAACAUCACCCUUCCAUCGUACUGCAAGGAGUCAGAUUCAGACCAAGAGCAAGAGGAAGAGACCAAUGGAACGCUAGAGAAAUAUGAAGAGACGGCAGCGUCACACCUGAAAUCAGACCUGAUUCGAGGACCAGACCUCCUAUCCGACGUGUCAGAGAUGAAACAAGAUUUGAUCAAAAUGACUGCCAUCUUGACUGCAGACUCCACAGAGAAAUCCCCUUCCUUAGGAGGGUGCGGUCUAGAGAAAGGGACUGAGGAUGUUUCUGGGGAGCCAUUAGAAAUAAUGGAGAAGGACUUAGAGAAAGUCAAAGAGGACCUAGAGAAAGUCAGUGAGAUACUAAGGAGUGGAACAUAUGAGGGUGAGGCAGCAGAGGAGGCAGCAAAAGCAGCUAGAAUGGCGGAGGAGUGGGUUCUCCUCUCAGAUGCUGAGAUAGAGGAGGCCAAAAACAUGGCAGCAUUAGAAACUCAAGAACCUGUCUUACGGGAAAGUAGAGCCAACAGAGGGGCUCCCAGACCUAAAGCUAUAAAGGACAGUGGUGACCUUAAAGAAUACCUCCUGGAUGCACCAAUAAGCUCCAAAAUAAAAGUUAAAAAAGAACCAGCCACCCAAGAAAAAUUCACUGAUGUCGUGCUACGCAAAAGUGCGAAACCAUCUACUCCAACCAAAGUGUAUGACAAAGCAGCUGCUGGUGAUGUUAAAAAGCCAGUCAGAAGGAAGGGGAAAGAGCAGGGGCAGGCAGAGGAAUCAACAGAGGCAGGUGCUCAUCUAAGUGUGCCUACAGCCCCUUCCCCAGUGUCACCUGUAUCCCCAGUGGUUGAAGAAACUCCCAUUGGGUCAAUAAAGGACAAAGUGAAAGCCUUACAACAGAAAGUAGAAGCAGAGCAGAAAAGCAAAAAGGUCACUGGAACCAAACCUUCACAAUUGCCUGUUAUGAGCAAACCCUCUCCAAAAGCCAAAGAAAGCCCCAAGUCAAAACAGGGCCCACCUAAAUCCCCCAAAGCUGAAUCUGAAAAACUUGAGGAGACCAUGUCAGUUAAAGAGCUGAUGCAAGCAUUCCAAACAGGGCAGGACCCCUCAAAGAGAAAAUCUGGGCUAUUCGAACUUAAAACAUCCACUAUGUCAAGAUCAGAGAAAACCACAAAAUCAGACACCAUCCAGUCAAAAUCCAUGACCAAAGCAACAACCUCACAUGUCUCUCAAGAACGAGAAGUAUCUUUGGAUUCCAAACCUCCCAAGAAAAAUACCACUCAGCAAGACAAAGAGAUAGAAACCAAGUCAGUUGCUGCCACCCAUUCAGAGCUAACUGAAACUGUAGACUUUGGAAAUGGUGGCCUUGAUGAUAGCUCUGACAGCUUAAAACAUGAGGGUGUGGCAGACUCACUAAGUGCCAGUUCUGGAGAUGGUAACGCUCAUCUGAGCUCUGAGGACAGUUACAAACAUGAGGGUCUUGCCACUCCAGGCACAAGCCCAGAGAGUCUGUGUCUUUCUCCCAAAACUGGACAGCAGACUUCUACAACAUCUGCAGCAGCUGCCACAACAAUCAAAAAAGAAAGUGAAGACACACAGAAGUCUGGAGACUCUGGUGUAGGGACCACUGGUGACCAACUGUCUACAGAAUUGACUCUCCCUGUUUCUUCCAGCGAGGCUGCAGAUGAUCACACAACAAGUGAGUCCAUAUCUGUUAGGAGAAGCGAGGCUAAGCCAUCCAAACCUCAAAAGCUUACAAAGAGAAUUUCAGAGACUGUAGAAUCAUUUCUUAGCGAUGACGAGAACCCUGAUCAUCUGCUAGCAUUAUCUUUAGUUGGUUCUCCUGCAUCUAGAUCCUCUUCUCAGUGUCAUGAACACUUAGAGCUGCAUUUAAGACAAGACUCAGAUGCUCUCAGUCCAUUAGCUGAUGACUCUUUGACAAUAAGCCACAGAGACUCUCUAGAGGGUAGUCCUCUCAUGGAAGAAAACUCCUCCCAUAAAUCCCCAGAUUCCAUUGAACCUAGCCCAACCAAGGAAUCACCCCCCCAUGACUCCUUAGAGAACAGCCCUGUAGAGCAAAAAAGCCACCCUUCCUUCUCAUCAACUCUAGGUCCUCCCAGUAAAUCCUCUAGCCAUCCAGAGCCCUCCAAAGCUACAGAAUUCCCCCAAGAUGCUUUACGUGGUAGGCUGCUUCGAGACCAUGAGACUAGUGCUGAUGAUGACAGUUGUGAGCAGACAUCUCAGAUGACAAGUUCCGGUAAGAGUCCCCUCUCCCCUGAUACUCCUAGUUCUGAAGAGGUAAGUUAUGAGGUAAACCCUAAACCCCCUGACCAUUCAUUCCUCUCUGUUCCAUCCAAACCGGCUGCCAUCCCUGAAGACCCAGAAGAAGAGGAUACAUCAGACAGCUAUGACGCUAAGAGAAAAAUCACUCCAGAGGAGGAGAUGUUUAAGAUGGCAGCCAAAAUAAAAACAUUUGAUGAAAUGGAACAAGACGCGAGGAGCAAAAAGAACUCUAGAAAAGAUGUGUUUCCCUCAGCAGGUCCCAAAAUAGGGGAUGACAGUUUUGAAACAAUAGAGCCCACAAGUGAGAGGCUUUCACAAAGUGAAUGUGGGCUCGAUAGACCCACUGAAGAUUCAAAGUUAGCUCUUUUUGUUGAUCCCCAUAUUAAAGUACAACCUCCCUCUCCUUUUUCAGCAGGUUUGCAUGAAGGAUCCCACAGCAAAGAGGUCAAGAGCACAACAAGAACAACAGCCAUUGUCACUUCAGAGGGACCUUACUCUGUCUCAGACCAGCAUCGUUCAAAAUCCAAACUGGAAACUGCACAGGAACAAAGAGUCCCACACUCUGCAAAAGCUGAAAAAGACAGUACUGCCAAAAAGGCUGCUGCAACAUCAAACACUGAAAACAGGACUGAUGAGCAAAAGGAGGAGAGCUUAAGGAAGUCAAGAGACAAAGGAGAUGAUAAAGAAGGUCAGAGGAUAGGAGAUAGCAGGCUACAGACUGGUACACUAAAGCAAGGUAGCAAUGUUACAGAUGAAGUGAAAGGAGAUCAAAAGGAGCAUUUAAGAGCACCAGAGGCUGAACCUGGUUCAGCUGUUGCCACAGGUCAAACAAAGGAAGUUUUCAAACCAGAGGUCUGUAUCUAUGAUGAUACAGAAGAGGAUGAUGAGGCACUGGAACCUCCCAGAACAGAAUCAAAAGGUGUCACUGCGAGGGUAGACACUGACUCUUGGUCUGCCAUGCGGGAGGAUGAUGCUGCUUUUGCAGCUCGUGUCAAAGAGGAGGAACAGAAGAUAUUGAAUCUUGUGGUGGACCGUCAAUCUUUGCAAGCAACUCCGGAUACAACACCUGGUAGAACACCAACAGAAGACAGCACUCCUACCAGUGAGCCCAACCCUUUUCUGUUCCAAGAAGGGAAGCUCUUUGAGAUGACUCGAAGUGGAGCUAUUGACAUGACUAAGAGGAGUUAUGAGGAAGAGGGGGGUGGCUUUGCCUUUUUCCAAAUAGGUGAACAGCCUUUAGAGGAGCCUAUCUUAGAAGAGGUCAGGCAAGAAGGUAGGAGAUCAGCAGCAGAACCUGAAGUUGGCCUCAAUCUAACACUAGAGGUUAAGACUGAGGAGACUGAGAAAUCAACUGAUUCUCAGUUUCAGUCCCCACCUGAAGGUGAUCAGACAGCCUCUAAAGCUGAUGCCUCCAAAUCUAAAAUCCCUAAAAUGGGUAUUUCCGCCUCAUCAAAACCUACAAAGAAAGAUCAGACAUCCCCUGAAGGUCUAGAGACUAAAACAGACAAAAAUGUGAAUGAAGUAUGCUUAGAUUUAGACAAAAAUUCCCCUGACCAAAUAACAACUGUACAAACGGCAGAAACUACAGUCACUAGAUCAGUUUACUCUGAGCAGGGCCAAGAGUCCUCCGAUUCAUCUCCAGAAGAACCACAGUCAGUGAUAGAAACCCCCAAACCAACAAGAAAAUCUAAACAAAGUGCUUCCAGUAGUGUUAAAAAGACUCCAGUUAAAACACAAGCUAAGUCUGCUACAGAAGGUCAGGGUAAGACCACAAUUCCCUCUCCAUCUCAUGCUACCUCUUCUUCAACCACACUUAAAAAAGAGUCCUCCUUUGUUUCAGAAUCUAAAUCUAGAAUUCCCAUCAAGGCUAGCACUCCCAAGCCCGAUUCUACUGUCAAACGCGUUGAAUCAACCACAGACAAAAAGCUUAAGAUCCCUGUUAAAAAGGAUUCAAGGAGAAAAUCUGAGACAGACGCAGGUCCCUCUGUGGAUUUCAAAACCAAGACACCAUCUUCCAAAGCCAAGAGCUUCUGUGAGGGGGAAUCUACCAGGCCAUCUGCUAAAAAAGAACAAGGUCGUCCCUUGAGUGCUGAGUCAGCCAAGUCCAAAGGCUUCCAGUCCAGACUGCCAGUCCGAGGUAAAGGUGGCCAGUCAUCUCAUUCAUCAACACCUACUAAAGAGAAAAGUGAGCCAUGUAAACAGUCCAUUGAAUUCUUUGAAGAGAUAAGCGAUGAAGCAGCAAAACUUGUGGCAAGGUUGGCACAGACGAAGACAGAGAAAGAACAAGAGGCUGCAGCUGCCAACUCAGAUGAUGAGAGGAUUGUCAUUGAUCCAUCAGUCAUAGAAAGAGAAACUUUCCCUGAGAUGCAGUUCCCUCCCUCAGGAGACGUCUUUCCCAUUAGACCACUGUGGGACGACCCUGUUGAGACACAGAUGCAGCGAAUCCCAGAUGAUAAAGUCCAAAGUCAAGUAGAUCCACAGGAUGAAGCAGAGAGAAAAGAGCAACGGUUGGCCAUUAUAGCCGACCACCUGGGCUUCAGCUGGGCAGAGUUGGCACGAGAACUGGACUUCAGUGAGGAGAAGAUCAACCUGAUAAGGAUAGAAAACCCCAACUCACUACAGGACCAAAGCCAUGCCCUUUUGAAACUCUGGGCAGAGAGGGAGGGAAAGCAUACCUCAGAAGCAACACUGAUCAAGAGACUGACUAAGAUCAACCGAAUGGACAUUGUUCACCUCAUUGAAACCAAGAUAAUCAAGUCCAGUCAGGAGGAGACAUCAUCACAUACCUAUGCAGAAAUAGAGCGGACCAUAGCACUGGAUCAUAGUGAAGGUUUCUCUGCCCUUCAUGAAGACAUUGACAGCCCCAGGCCAGGCAGGCGUACAGAGGCCACAUGUAGGAGUCGAGGCUCAGGACAAGAGGUACCCAUGGUGUCAGCGGAGGACCUGUCCUCCAGUUUGUCAUCACUUCAGGAGACAGUGGGACGACCAGAGACAGAUUCCACAGCAACAGGCCUUCUUAGAAAUGCCCAGAAAGAGAAACUAGAAAAAGAGAUGGAGACAACAUACUCAUCACAAAGAGUAUAUGACGAAUUGACAGACACGGUACACACAGGCACUCAUAAACAAGAGAUAGCAGAGGAGCUAGGGUGUCUGUCUACUGAUAGCUCAGAGGAGGAGGUGCUGACCACCAGGGUGGUCCGACGCAGAGUUAUCAUUCAGGCGGAUAACCUGCCAGAUAUGCCACCACAGACCGUCACAGAGGAGAAGUACACAGAUGAGCAUGGCAACAUGGUAGUUAAGAAAAUCACACGGAAGGUGAUUCGUAAAUAUGUGUCAGCGGAUGGCAUGGAGACGCAGGAAGUGACCGUUGAGGGCUCUCACCAGGAGACGGUGCAGAUCGAGGAGGGAGACACUGUGUCCAGAGUGGUGAAGAGAACUGUGCUUCACAGUGAGGGAGAUCAAAAAGAGCUGACCUUCUCAGAGCCCCUGGCCCUGGGUGCCGCCACUGCAUCAGAGUUUGAAGUGGAGCCAGUGCAAGGCCGAAAGGUCAGCAAGGUUGUCAAGACAACGGUGGUGAGAGGUGAAAGGAUGGAGAAGCAAACGGGAGACCCCUCACUGGCUGUAGAUCUCCCCUCAGCCAGACAGGACUUUGAGAAGGCAUUGAGUUAUGCUGGAGGCUUUGGGAAAAUGCUCCUGCCUCAUGUAGUAGAGAAAGAGAUUGUGCAGGACGAUGGUUCUGUGGUUAAAAGAAGCCAGAUGCGUAAGUUGCGAACCCAGAAGAGGACUGUGGUGAGGGAUGCCCAGGGGAAGCACGUGCACCUGGAGCGUCUGGACGACAACCUAGACGCCUUGCAGCCCGAUGCACUGCAGCAGCACCUGCACCGACUGCUCCAACACUACUGUGAGGAUGACCAGGAAGAGGAGGAAGAGGAGGAGGAUGAGGAGGAGGAGAAGGAGAGCUUUGACUGAGCAGCUGCUUCCACUAAUCUUCUCCCUACAUCUUCCAUUGAAGCCUUUGAUGUUUCACAUCCCCUUCCUAUUGUUCUCGCUGAUCACUGGAUUCAAGUUUUUCUUUUGUCUUUUUUUGUCAAUAAUGGAACAGUAUUUUCAUGCUUUAUCACCCUUCCUCCCUUCCUUCCUUCCUUCCUUCCUACUUUUGUGUUUCAUUGUGACCAAAGAUGGCACCCUUCGUUUUUGUUGGAUGAUGAUUUUUGUGUUGACCUUUCGGCUGCUGUGGUGUGAUUACGGAAGACACACCAAAGGUGAAUCAAAGUCAAAGGGGACAUCUUGGACACUUUCCCUCACGCACGGGCCUCUUCUUGAAGAACUCUUCUAAAGAUUUGUAUAUAGAGGGGAUGAAAAAAAAGUCAUGCUUGAACUGAGGGGGGAAAAAUAAAUUGAAAGCAUUUAAUACAUUAGCCCACCUAAACCUGCUGUACAUGCACCAAUUCAGCUGGAGAAUGGCCACCGUACAGAUGAGAUUAAUGUUACAUAGAGAAUACUUUGGGAAGAGUGAAUGUGUGCAUCACCAUGGACUCUUUAUACAGCCAAACAUCACCCUGCUGAUCUGUUUACAAAGGCUGUGUGAUCACACCUUUUGUCUUCCCAUGAUGCAUCUGCCCUUUUUUGUUUUUAAGUGUCUGUCCUUCUAAUGUGUGUUGUGUAUUCACAUUUGAUCUGGUCACAGAGCUGCCACUUCUGUGUGUGUGUGUGUAUAUAUACAGUGUGUCUUUUGAGAAAGAAAGAAGUGAUGAGGAAUGUUUUGAUGCAGAUGGAGCACCUACUGUUAUCUGUUCACCCUCCGUUGUCAUGUGCUGCUUCUCUUCGCCUCAUACUGCAGCCGCUUUCAUAGAAUUGUCCUCCAUAGAGCCUUUAAAGGAUAAAGCUGGCUAUAUUUUCUUCUUGUCAACAAAUCUCAUGUGCAGAGCCAUAUCACCAAUUAAUCGACAUACUGACAGGUACCUGAUAUACGUAUCUUCUUCCUCUGCGCCAUAGCAUCCUGGUCUCACUCCGAAGCCAUCGAAUACCUGCCACCUGGUCAGUGACCUCCAGCAUCAGAUAGAGACAAAAAAGCUGUCUUUUACGUUGGCAUGAUACAGGGUCGGUUGCUGUUAUUGGUUAACAGCGUCCACUGGCAUCAGGGGGAAAUGUGGUGAGACAACAAUAAAAGUUCAAGGGGCGGAACUCCGAGUAGGGCGGUCGGGAGGGGUGGUGGGUGGGUCAAAUAACCACUGACUUUCACCUGUGAAAGUCAGUGAGGCAGGUGUUCGCAUUCCGUAAGAUUGUAAAGCCAAUCCCUGUUCUUUUUUCCUAAAUCCAACCACGUGUGUAUUGGCAAAAUGUUCAUCCUCAGUUCACAGUGUUGUACCAACGUAGUGAGUUUAUUUUGAAAGAGACUGUAUGCAAACUGUACAUUUCCUGUGAAAAUGGACGUGUAUUUUGAAAACAGAUAAUACAUGUAACAGGCUGAAGUUGACAUGGCGUCCCAUCAUGUCACAAACUGGCUUAAUGAAUGUGACAAGUAGGGAGUCCACACAAAAGAUUUAGUUAAAACACGCAUAAUUUAUCAAACUAAGAUUAACUCAAAUAACCAAUGGAGUGUGUGGGUUAGCAAAGUCAGUAAUGAAACCAUGCAUGGAAGUGUGUCAUGUGUACUGUGGAGAUGUUGAAGGUGCAAACCAAAAGCAAUGAUGGAUGUCUGCUGCAGGAGGAGAGAGAUCAAGUGAAAACAUGAGGCAGCUUUUAUAGCCUAGAAAGCCCAGCUGAGCUCAAUCAAGGCAACAACCCUCACAUGUCAGCCAAUUGCCUGAUGAGGUUGGUUAGAACAUCCUCCAAGACAGUAGGAUGGGCAUCUUGGAACCAACACAGCAAGGGUACCAUGUAUAUCAUAUCUCGAUGUGGAAAGAUCCAUGACCAAACGUCGAUUUGUGAUGAGGUCGGAGUGAGAAUGUGUUGGCCAUAGAGCUCCAUUGCUGUCUAAAAACUAUGUUCCUUUAUUACCAUGAACAGGUUCAGUUAAAAUGAGUGGUUAAGUUUUAAAGGUGCACCUCACCUCUUUCAGAUCUCAGUCAGUUUACAACAUAGACGCAUAAUAAUAAUUACAUACCAGACACCACAAUGUCACCCAUUCAUUCCAAUGAAAUUGCUUGCCUGGUGCAUAUGCCAAAAAAAUUCUAGCCUCAUAUCUGUGGUAUGCAGGUCUGCACAGUAGUGUUCCUCUUGCUGGCCCCACCCACGAGUUCCUGCUCAGCUCACAGACUUCAUAGAUUUUUAUAAAACCUAACCUAACAAAACCUAAUUUCUUUGGUUUCCCCACAUUGUCAGUAACUAAAACUUAAUUACAUUAGUUAGAGUUACAGUCCCUCCAAGAUUUCAGAGGCUUUUUUAUUUCAAGAUUGUUGUUUUUUUAUUAAGUUUUAAGUUUUUUAUUAUAAGAAUAAUAAGUUUUGCAUUUUUUAAAUUUUCUUAUCCACCCUAUUCCUAGCCGCCAUAAUACCUUGCAACUUGAUAUCUUGCAACUAUAGGUGCGACUUCUGAUGCUGAACCGGAGCUGGCAUUUUCCAAUGGUAACAAUACGACGAACAGUAUGCUAAUCCUCUUUUGUAGAGCGAAUGGGAAAUAAUACAUGUGGAACAUCUGUUGCACCUCAGACUGGAUAAUGUGGUAUUACGUCUGUCAUCUCUGAUAGUCAUCUCAAAGCAUUGGUUGUUUUUUUUGUUUUAAAAAAGCAUGUUAGCAAAUAGCUUGCCUUGCUAUGUUAAUUAAUCUCUGCUCCUUCUAAAAGAUGAUUUCUGAUUUCUUACAGGUCAUAUACAGACAUUAAAACAUUUCAGCGAACAUCUAACAUAAUUCUGUAUUAAUUUUAGCACUAUGUGAGGUGAAUAAACGAAAAGUUUGACAGCUAAUGCUCUACUCAUCUGCCAAGUUUAGCCAGGGACUAACCAUAAUCAAUGUGACUAACGAGCUUCCACUUCCACUUCCUCACCGGGAGUUGCACCCAUAAUCAUUUUAACAGUAGUGCCUUCAGGAAUAAGGAGGAUGAUUAAUUAAAAACCAAAGGCCCCACUUUCGCACAGUGCAUCAAUGAACUGCCUUGCACAGUCUUAAGCAGAAAUUUUUGUUGGUAAAUGUGAGACGUCUACAUCGCACAUGUCAGUGUCUUCACAACAAGACACAAGAAAGUGGGUUUAAUGACUCGUGGGAAAUUACAAUGAUUGGAAAAAUUGCAACAUCAGAACAUCCUGGAGGGGCUGAUGAAGAGAACUGACAUGACCAUUGUCAUUUGUUAUAUGUCAAUCCACAUACACUGCCCUGCUGUCCGAAGUACUUAACAAAGCAACAAAACAUGGUCAUCAGUAUGAUGCUGUUAAUAGUGCUAUUUCCUCCUGUUUGUGUAACAAGUGAUCAGCUGUUGAAGGAGAUGACUUUUAAAUCAUGAAAGCAAAUAUUUGUGAGGUGUUUUUAAAGAUUUAGGAACCAAUGGGCUUGGAGCUGAGAGACACAGUCAGGGUAGGAAGUCAGGAAGUGUUGAGAGACGGACUAACAUUGUUAGUAUGGACCUUUUUAUGGGGUUUGUUGACAACAAUAAAAUAAUACCAGACAUAUUCUUUAAGUUCUUGGAUACCACACAUAGUAUAGAGAUCCUUUGCUUCAGUUGCUGUUGUUGAUUUAACUUUUUCUUGUUAUCACUGUUAUCAAAGGAUUAUCACAUCAACCUCAAAUCUAAGCAAAAGCCAACUUUCACUGACUUUAGCCAUCACAUAUAUGUACAUCCUUAUUUAUUUAUUGUCGUCCAUUUGUGAUCCCUGUGUACUCCAGCAGUUGAAGCUGAGAGUGGUGUGUGUGUGUAUGUGUGCGUGUGUGUUUGGAUGUGUUCUGAAGCUAAAAGUAAAGAAAAAUAAAGAUUUUUUUUUUUUUGCCAUGGUAGACAACCAGGAUUUGAUGUGAGAGCUGGUUGGAUUGUGUACAGGCUGAUAAAGUGUGUUUGGUGUUCAUCUACUGUUGAGACUUUAUCUAUGUAACAAUACAAUCCUUAAGUUGCCGUUUACUUUGUGUGUGAUCCAAUGGAAGAAUAAAAGAAAUGUCAAAAAGAGACCAUUGAUUUGAUAUAUGAGCAUCUUGUUUCCAUGGAUAACAAUAUAUACAUAUUAACAGUGCAAAUAUCUAUACGGGCAUGUAUAACUUUAUCAAAUUAUUACUAAAAAAAAUAAACCUGAAAUGCUAAAAAGGCAUAGCAGCUGCGGUGUGUACAUGGCAGAACAAUAAAACUGUACAUGUGUCCA